UUGUUGUUUCACACACUGCAGCUCUAAAUUUGAGCUGGUGUCCCCACAGUGACUGGAGUUUCCCUCCUGCUCCUAAAUGCAUCACCAGAAGGAGGAGGAGUGACUGAACGGUAACACGCGCGCGUGCGGAGUCACCCUGAAUGAUGUCCGGAGCCACCACCAAAUCUACCACUCCUCACUGCGUUAAAAUGAAAAAGGACGAAUCUUCUUUUUUGGGGAAAUUAGGAGGAACCUUGGUGAGGAAGAAGAAGUCUAAAGAAGUGAGUGAUCUUCACGAGGAGGGUAAGAAUGCCAUCAAUGCUCCCAUGCUUCCCACUGGGACUGACAUCCAUCCAGAGGACACGCUGCUGGAGGACAAUGCUGAGAGGGUCAUGUUGGACCCAACAUCGAGGGAAAAUCUUAAGUUCAAAGAUUUAUUGAAGGUCUUGAUUGACUGGAUCAACAGUGAGUUGGAAGAAGACCGGAUCAUAGUUAAAGACCUGGAGGAGGACUGCUACGAUGGACAAGUUCUCCAGAAGUUAUUUGAAAAGUUGUCUGGCAGGAAGUUGAAUGUGGCUGAGGUGACUCAGUCAGAGAUCGGCCAGAAGCAGAAGCUCCAGACAGUUUUGGAGGCUGUGAAUGAACUGCUGAGGCCUCAUGGCUGGACCAGCGAAUGGAGCGUAGACUCGAUCCAUUCAAAGAACCUGGUGGCUAUUGUUCAUCUGCUGGUGGCGCUCGCGAUGCACUUUCAGGCCCCUAUCCGACUUCCUGAGCAUGUGUCUGUACAGGUGGUCGUGGUCAAGAAACGAGAGGGAAUCCUGCAGACAGCUCUAGUCUCCAAAGAGCUGACGAGCACCACAGAGAUGAUGAUGGGACGAUUCGCAGAGCGGGACGCCUUCGACACCCUGUUGGAUCAUGCACCGGAUAAACUCAAUGUUGUAAAAACGUCACUCAUCACAUUUGUGAACAAACACCUGAACAAGCUGAACCUGGAAGUUACUGAGCUGGAAUCUCAGUUUGCUGAUGGGGUGUACCUGAUAUUACUGAUGGGGUUGCUGGAAAACUACUUUGUCCCUCUGUACAACUUCUUCCUCACCCCUGAGAGCUUUGAACAGAAGGUCCACAAUGUGGCAUUUGCCUUUGAGCUGAUGCAGGACGGAGGCCUGAAGAAACCCAAAGCCAGACCAGAAGAUGUCGUCAACCUGAACCUCAAGUCCACGCUCCGGGUUCUGUACAACCUGUUUACCAACUACAAAAACUCUGAGUGAACUUUUGCAGUUCCAGCUGCUGAUAUUACUCUGAACACUGUCUUGUGCCUCUGCUGAUAUUAUGCUUUACAGUAUGUCUGGACACUGGAGGAGAAGAACUAGGACUGAAGUCAUAAUGUGCCAUAAUAUGCCACAAAAGAGUGUAUUUAUUCCAUCUUUAAUUACAGGAAACCCAGCAAAAUGAAACAAGGGCAAAAGUUUAAAACUGGAAUCAUUUGUCUCAACUUCAGUUGCGUAUCCUCCAGAUUAUUUAAGAAAGUUAAAAAUGCAAUUAUAUAUAUAUUAUAUAGUGUCUAAAAUGCUUUGUAUACAUAUUCAAAGAAUGGAUUACAUUUCGGGACAUAAUAUCAAUUUACUCUCUUUCAUCUCUUUUUGAAAGUAACAAAAACACACCACUAAAGCUUUCACAACACUUCAAAUCUAAUUUGUUAUAUCUGCACAACAAAAACCUUUGUCAUUGUCCACAUGGGACACUGUCCUAACAAAUAACAAAAAUAAUCUAGUCCUGCAAUAUAACGGAACAUUACAACUGACGGAUGUGCAGUAUAAUGGCGUUUGUCAGUAGUAAUACUAGAGUUUCUGAGUCAUAUGAUUUAAAAAUGGAAAUAUUUAAAACUGAGUUCAAGACAGAGGAUUUUGUCUCAAUACUGAAUAUAAUGUUUCAGACUAAUGACCUGACUUGAUUAAUACAGGAACUAAAUCUGCAUUUUGACUCGAGUUGAGAUUAAUUUGAGCUCCUUGAGGAUAAUUCCUGUUGUUUGUUUAUGAUUUUUAAAACACUGCGUUGUCAUCAUUAUGCUACCUUUGCUUUUUUUUACACUCCACCAAACAAAAUCAGUGUAAUGCAGCAUCUACUGUAUGUGUAAUUUUUAGAAAGCAUGCUGAUGCUCUGGAAUAGUAAGUGUAACACUGCAGUGGUUUGGUUCCAUGGCCUCUUAAAAGCAGAACAACAAUAGUAUAGCUCCACUCUGACUUUGUAUCGUCCGUUCAAAGUAGCAAGGCUCAAUAAUGGCGCAGCAUUCUUGUAUUUAACGGACUCUAUAAAAAGGAUUAAUGAGACUGAGCUAGAGAGUGAGAUUAAGGGACAGUGCAGUGAGUCAAAGCCAGGGAUUGAGUGAAUUUUUUUUUUUUAUAUAACAUUUUUAUCUUCUGAUAAUAUACCUGGGGCAGUGGUGUGAUGGCUCAUAUUGUUACUUCACAGUAAGAAGGUCACUGAUUUUGGAUCCUUGUUUGACCAACCAACCGAAAUUGAUAUCUACGCCUCUACCACCUGUAGGUGUUUCGGCUGAGGGCUUUUCUGUGUGUGCAUGGGUUUUCUCCAGGUAAUCUGACUUCCUCCCACAGUCCAAAGAAAGGCAGAUGAGGGAUUUGUAUAAGGGACAUUCUAAAUUGACCAUAGGAAUGAAUGUGGGAGUGAAUAGUUGUUUGUUGAAAAUGAUGAAUAAAUGACUGUUGCUUUCACCUGGGUCAGUACUUUUAUUCUACUAUAGACAUACAGGAAAAUGUAAAAAUGACUCUUAUUAUGACUCUUAUUUAGUCCCAAGAAGUAUUUGGUCAAUAGGACGCAUUAUGAUGACAUAAAAGUACAUGUCAUGACAUGUCAAAUGCAUUUCCAUUCUAAUCAAUAAUAAUAUAACUUUUGUAAACAAAAAAGAAAGUAGCCAUGAUAUAGCAUUCAGUCGCAACAGCAGAAACUUUGAACCAGCAACAAUGUUAACUAAUCUAAUUUGAGACUUAGAAUAUCUUUCUUUUCAUCAAAGAUACAAAAGUUAUAGUUUAAACAUUGGCCUUACAAAGAACGGCUUCAAACGUCCCCCAAAUCCUCAACAAACAAAUUAAAGUGCAUUUGACUGGUCCACACUGGCCCACAGUAAACCCACGGCCCCACACACUGCUACAAAAUCCUUUAAGAAGUGUGAACAAGUGUGGUCUAUAACAGAACAUAUGAAGAAUGCUUUGGUUAUUCUUGUCAUAGCUGUGGGAUUUAAACUAUAAUCACCUCUUGAAGUAACUGUGACCAACUACCAUUUAUCCUGAACGACCACAUUAUAGGCCACGUUUACAAGCUGCUGCUGUUCACUUUAGCUUUAAGUGCAGCGUGCUGUCACAGUCCAUGGAGAGCAGCAGUUAGAUUAUCCUUACUGACCGUCCUUUCACAUACUCUACUUGAAGUCCCUCAGGAAGCCUGGGCCCACAGUGCCAUCUUGAGACCUGCUAACAUGUAAAAAUGUAUGUAUUUUAGAGCCAAUCUGAAUUAAUAAGAGUGGAAAAGUCAAUCGAGACUGUGUCUGCAGUGAAUUGGUCACCUCUGCUCAUUUUCUCAUCUUGCCUAUCAAAAAAUAAAUACCUGGGAUCAAA